CAAUUCUUGGAUUUAUUAUUUCGUAUACUUAACAAGAGCUUCCUCCUUAUUGAUCUCCCUACUAUUACCCAGUGAAACACUUUGAAUAUCUAGGAUUUCUAAAGAUUCUUGAAGAAUUCGAGCGGAUCAAGGGAAAAAGAAAUAAUGUCAAAUCCUCAAGAAAAAAGAGUGCAAGCCGGCGAGGUAGAAAAAGCUCACGAUAUAUCUACUCUGAAAAAUACAGAAUGGUCAAAACCUGAAUACACCCUUCCUACCCCCUCCCUUCAAUUCCUUUUCCACCUCGAAUGCGACAUGGAGGAAUUCCACCCGAUCGGUGAUGGAGGACAUGGUAAUCGCGCUACUGUUAUUUUCAAAGGCGGCCGUUUCGAAGGUCCUCAUCUCCGGGGCACCAUUCUCCCCGGCGGCGGCGACUGGGAAACCAUUCAAAACACUCCUUCCGAAUCUCUCCAAACAGCUCAUCUUGAUACCCGCUAUAAUCUUCUAACUCAUGAUAACCACUGUAUCUACCUGCGUACAACUGGCGUACGCACUGGUCCCCGAGAUGUUCUAGAGGCACUUGGGGAAGAGGAUAAGCAUACUGCCCAUGACUAUAAGAUGCGGUUGAACCUCACAUUUGAAUGUGAUGAUGCGGGGAAGUAUGGGUGGUUGAAUCGGGUUGUGGGGAUUGCUAGUAGUGGGAGAAAUGGAGGGAGGGUGAUUUAUGAUGCUUUUGAGGUUUUGUAGGGGGAAAGAGAGAAGUUGAAGAGGAAAUGGCUGGUAUAGAGAGGCAUUGUAUAUAUAGUUGUAUGAUUGUAAAUAAUGAGUGUGAUGAUUGUUCGAAGAAAAUCGCUCGCAUAAAUGGGAGG